CUCCUUCCCCCCGCCGUGGGGGUGUCCGUAGACCCGGAAGGAGCGGAAGUGGAGGAUGGCCCCCUGGAGUGAGGAGAGCGUGUGAAGCGCCGCCUCUCUAGACUCAGGGCAGAGGUGGGCGUGAGCGAAGGGAAGAUAGAGACGAAGAAUCCGGGCAGUGCUCCCUGGCCUUCCUGCAGCAGCUGCUCAUUCCCUCUCCUAAGCCUGUGCCAUGAGGGGUGCUUUCUCACGACUUCUGCCCUCAUUUUUGGUGAGCAAAGGAAAUAACAAAAAAUGACAAGUAGAAGACUUGAGGAGUCCAUGGGGGCUGUUCAGAUGGGAUUAGUCAGAAUGCUCAAAGGAUUCCAAAGCAAGGUUUUGCCACCCCUGAGUCCAAGGGUGGUUAAAGAAGAAGAUGUCAACCAAAUGCUAACACCGUCGGAGUUCCUGAAGGAAAUGUCCCUGACCACAGAACAGAGACUGGCAAAUACACGGUUGAUGUGCCGACCACAGAUCAUCGAACUUUUAGAUAUGGGGGAAGCAACACAUCAAAAGUUUUCAGAUAUUGACCUGGACCAGGCAUUAUUCCAGCCCUUUCCAUCAGAAAUUAUAUUUCAGAACUACACUCCCUGCGAAGUCUAUGAAGUUCCAUUGGUUUUGAGGAACAAUGAUAAAAUCCCAAGGAUGGUAAAAGUUAUUGAGGAAAGCUCACCGUACUUCAAAGUAAUCAGCCCCAAAGACAUUGGCCACAAAGUAGCUCCAGGAGUGCCAUCCAUAUUCCGAAUCCUCUUCACUCCAGAGGAGAACAAGGAUUACGCCCAUAUGUUGACCUGUGUGACCGAAAGAGAAAAAUUCAUCGUACCCAUCAAAGCCAGAGGCGCUCGAGCCAUCCUGGAUUUUCCUGACAAGCUGAAUUUUUCCACUUGCCCUGUCAAAUACAGGACUCAGAAGAUGCUGCUGGUCCGGAACAUUGGCAACCGAGACGCUGUGUUCCACAUCACAACUUACCGGCCGUUCUCCGUGGAGCCCUCUGUUGGAACUCUUACCGUGGGAGAGUCCAUGCAACUGGAAGUGGAUUUUGAGCCACAGACUGUGGGCAAUCACAGCCAACGGCUGGUUGUGUAUUAUGACACAGGUGAAAAAAUGUUUGUAUCUCUGUAUGGAGCUGCCGUAGACAUGAAUAUAAGACUGGACAAGAAUUCUUUGAUCAUUGAGAAAACCUACAUAUCUCUGGCCAAUCAGAGAACUAUAACUAUUUACAAUCGCAGUAACAUCAUUGCCCAUUUCCAAUGGAAGAUAUUUGCUACCCAGGAAGAGGAAGAUAAAGAAAAGUAUAGGGUCUGUGAGGAUCUGAUCAAAGAGGAAAAGGAUGAGACUGACGAGUUUCAAGAGUUUGUUAGUGAUCCUUUACUCCGAGAACGGAUUUCCAUUCUCUCCCGCACCUUUGAGAAUCAGAGAAGGCUGGUGCAGGCGGACAGCAUACUCUUCUUGAAUAACAUUUUCAUAAUUGAGCCCCCGGAAGGUGAUGUCUGGCCCAACUCAUCAGCUGAAAUCACUGUGUACUUCAACCCUCUGGAAGCCAGGCUCUACCAGAUGACUGUGUACUGUGACAUUUCAGGUCGAGAGAUCCGUCUGCCCCUCCGAAUCAAAGGGCAAGGAAUGGGACCAAAGAUUCACUUCAACUUUGAAUUGCUGGAUAUUGGAAAAGUUUUUGUUGGAUCUGUACAUUGUUAUGAGGCAAUACUCUCCAACAAAGGCAGCAUCGACGCCCUCUUCAACGUGAUCCCCUCGACUUCAGCGUUGGGGGCCUGCUUUGUUUUCAGCCCCAAGGAAGGCAUCAUCAAGCCAAGCGGGGUCCAGGCUGUCCAGAUUUCCUUCUGCUCGUCCAUUCUGGGGCACUUCGAAGAAAAGUUCCUGGUCAGUGUCAAUGGGUCACCUGAGCCCGUGAAACUGACCAUUAGAGGCUGUGUCAUCGGACCCACCUUCCACUUCAAUGUCCCUGCUCUGCACUUUGGGGAUGUUUCCUUUGGGUUUCCUCACACCUUGAUAUGUUCCCUCAAUAACACCUCCUUGGUCCCCAUGACCUUCAAACUGCGCAUCCCUGGCGACGGCCAUGAAAGCAUUUCAAGCUGUGAGCAAUAUACAGACACCAAAGGACCUUCUUGGAACAAGGAGGAAAUACCCAUAACGAAACCGAAAGAAUUUACCAUCACCCCCAACUGUGGCACCAUUCGCUCCCAAGGAUUCGCUGCUAUCAGGGUGACCUUAUGCUCCAACACUGUGCAGAAAUACGAGCUGGCCCUGGUGGUGGACGUGGAGGGCAUCGGGGAAGAAGUGCUGGCGCUCCUCAUUACAGCGAGGUGUAUUGUACCUGCCCUCCGCAUGGCUAACGCAGAGGUGGACUUCGGGCGCUGCUUCCUGAAAUACCCGUACGAGGAAACCAUCCAGCUGGUCAACCCGGAUGACCUCCCGGGAUGCUAUGAGGUCCUGCCCCAGGUAGAUGAGGACUCGCCCGCUGUGCUGCUCUCUAGUCCCAACCCCUAUGGAAUCAUCCCUCCCCAGAGCACCGUCCACAUCCCUCUGAUCUUGGAGACCCAGGUCACCGGGGAGCACAGGUCCACGAUUUACAUCUCGGUCUUCGGGAGCCAGGACCACCCUGUGGUGUGCCAGCUGAGGAGCAUCGGAGAAGGCCCAGUUAUCAGCGUCUGUCCCCACCAGGUGGAUUUUGGCAAGAUCUUCGUCCUGAAAGAGUCCUCCAGGGUCAUCAACCUCUCUAACCAGUCCCCCAUUCCUGGAUUAUUUCAGGCACACAUGGCUCACAAAAAGUCCCUCUGGACAGUGGAACCCAGUGAAGGCACCGUUCCCCCCGAAGAGGACAUUCAACUGACGCUGACCGCCAACCUGAAUGACAUACUGAUGUUCAAAGACACGGUCAUUUUGGAUAUUAUAAACAGCAACACCUACCGGAUUUCUGUCCAGGCUGAAGGAAUUGGUUCCACCAUUGUUUCGGAUAAGCCCUUUGCUCCAGAACUCAACUUGGGAGCACAUUUUAGCCUGGACACCUGUUACUACCACUUCAAGUUGACCAACAAGGGGCGUCGGGUCCAGCAGUUGUUCUGGAUGAAUGAAAAGUUCCAACCCAAGAACAAGAAAGUUGUGCCUACGAGGAGACUCGCUAAGCGCCCCUGCGCCCAGGCAGCCCGGCGUCCCCAGAGCCCCGUGUUUCAGCUUCAACCCUUCAGGAUGGAGUUGUAUCCAGACCAGACGAUCGAUGUGACACUUGAUGGCUAUUCUGCUACUCCCAGGAUGGUCAAGGAGAAGCUGGUGUGCCAAGCCAUCAUCGGGGCCCAGCGGGAGCGGAGCCUGGUGAUGACCGUGGAUGUCAUGUGCGAGUUCAUCGCGCCGCUCAUCCAGCUCUCCACCAAGAAGCUCGUGUACCGACUGGAGAAGAAACCACAGCCUUUCUUGCAACCUGAUUCCCAGCCCUGGGUAAUGAAGAACAUUUCCACGCUGCCCGUGAACGUUUUGCUCCAAAAAAGCAAACCCUUCUUCAUCUGUGACCGGGAGCAAUUUCUGUUGCCCCUAACUCCGGAGCCUAUUAAACUGGAGAUUGGUGAAGAAAAAAAUCUGCUGGUCAAGUUUGACCCGACCCACAAAUGCGAUUUGAACAACUGGGUGGCAGAAGAAACUCUAUCCAUCAGGUACCUGGAGCACCCUCAGGUAGACAGCCUGAGCCUGCGCGGGGAAGUGCAUUACCCCAACCUGUCCUUUGAGACCAUGGACCUGGACUUUGGCUGUAUCCUGAACGACACGGAGGUGAUCCGCUACGUCCCCAUCACCAACUGCAGCCCACUGGCUGUGAAGUUCUGCUGGUUCUUCCUGGUGAACAAGGAAAAUCAAAUAAGGUACCGCCAGCGUAGCUAUCCUGUAGAGCUCUUUUCUGCUCCCUCCUGUCCCAGAUGGAGUCCAUCCGGGGCCUCAGCCUCCGCCAGCUCACCAGCGGUCUCCGAGAUAGAAUCCCCUGAGAUUGAUCUAAGUGAUUUUGUUAAGUCUACCCUUGUAGAAGAAGAUACUGGGUCUGAAGAAGGAGAACACAGAAGAGCAGAAGCGCCCGAGCUGCUCAACUCAGAUGGAUUAAAAGGGAACCCUGCUGAAAUAGAGAGAAUAGACCCAAACCAGAGCCAGCUGGAGUUUCGGGAAUCCCUAUGGCUCUCCGCACGGGAAGAGAGCCUUUCCGUUGGGAUAGAAGAAGUGUUUGACAUUCUGCCCCUCUAUGGAGAGCUGCAGCCGUACAGCAGCGACCAGAUAGCUUUCACCUUCUACGGACACUGUGACAUCAUCGCGCAGGCGACGGCUCUGUGCAAAGUGGAAGGAGGGCCCAACUAUGAGAUAACGCUACGGGGGGAGACAUCCGUGGUCAGCUAUUCCUUUGACACCAAGGACAUCAACUAUGGGCUACAGCUGUUCGACCGGAUCACAGAGACUAAAGUCACACUGAAGAACACGGGGAAAGUCGGCUUCGAGUUCAGGGUGCUGACCAAUGACCAGUCUUCGCCAGACAGCCUCAUGCCCGGAGUGCCACUCAUCCUGCCUCUCUCAGGUUUUAUCAGUUCACUUAAAGAGCAGGAGUUGAAGAUUUACUACUUACCUGGAGGACCUGAGAUCUUUCAAAGAAGUUUUCAGGUCCAGAUCGCCCACCUGGACCCAGACACUAUCACACUGAGUGGCGAGGGAAUCUUUCCUCGAAUCUACAUCGACCUUCCCAGAAACCUCAAAGGGAAUGAAAAGUAUGAGAUCUUCUUGAAUCAGGCCAGAGAAAACCUAGAAAACGAAUUAGACAAAGAUGAAACAUUGAGUCACUCAGAGACCUCUGAGGAAAUGUCUGAGGAUGAGCCUUUUAAGUUAAGUGCUCAGCUCCAGAUGGAAGUAGAGCGACUCAUAGUCCAAAACUAUACCAUGGAACAUCAGAAAACAAUUAUCCACGAUCCCAUGGACGAAGUCAGCCAUCGGAGUCGCCACAGACUAGCCAAAAUCCAGCUGCCGGAGUACAUCCUAGACUUUGGCCACAUGAUCCUUGGCGAAUCUCGAUCCCACAUCAUCAAGAUCACCAACACCAGUCACAUGCCAGUGUCCUUCCACGCGGAAAAGCGCAUCCUGCACGACACAGGCUUUAGUACUGAGCUAGAUCGUGUAAAGCAUCUGCCUUACUGCGAAACGGAAACAUUUGAAGUGAGAUUUGACCAGCAAGGGACCAAUCAGUCUGUGGGAAACAAAGAAGCCAUUCUGCCCAUCAAAGUGGUUGGAGGGCCAACAGUUCACAUCUGUCUGCAAGCCCAGGUGACCAUUCCCACUAUGACAAUGUCUUGUGAAAAAGUGGAGUUUGCCACAAUUCAGUGUGGGCAGUGCCUUGUGGAAACUAUUCAGCUCUCCAAUCUUCUUCAAGUUCCUUGUGAAUGGUUUGUCGUCAGCCAUAAGCCAUUUAACAAGCUGGAGAAACACAUGCCAAAGUACUUAAGACGGAAACUCCAUACCGAAUUCAAGCCAAAGAUGCGGAUCUUUGAGAUCCAGCCCACUACCGGGGUCUUGGAUCCUGGUGAGAAGGCCAACGUGCAAGUGAAAUUCAUGCCCAAAGAAGAGAAAUUCUACAGUCAAACCCUGACGUUCCAGCUUGUCCGUAGUACUCAGAAGCUUACGCUGCUGGCACAGGGGCAAGGUUUAGAGCCACGCUUGGAAUUCAGUCCUUCAAUUCUGGAGCUGGGGCCACUGCUGCCUUAUGCGCCUGGAGACGAGGCCGAGGUGGUGGUGAAGAAUCCCUGUGACUUUCCCAUUGAAUUUUACUCCUUAGAAUUUGACCAGCAAUAUCUCAUCGAAGAGAAGAUCUUGCGGUCGCUGAAGGGCUACGACUCCUACAACACCCUGCUGCUGCCACCCCGCGUCCCUGGGGAGAAGCUGCCCUCAGAGGUGUACGAGUACUUUAAGGAGAUGAAGCAAUCCAAGGAGGAACAGAUGAAGGCGAAAUACCUGGAGGCUCUGGCUCAGGACAACGAAGACGAAGAUAUACCCUUGUCGGAGCAGGUAACGGUCUCCAACGUGAAGAGGGGCUCACUUAGCCGAGGGAUCUCUGUCACAUCCGACCUGGAGGACUGGGAGGAGUCCAAGAACAAUCCAGAUGAUGAAGAGGAUGAUGACAGCCUGGAAAAACUAGUGUUUCAAACUGAGAAGUUACAGAGCACGGACAGCCACUCUGCAGAGGAAGAUGGAGAAGUAGAGAACAACCCAGUGAACAAGGCCAUUGCUCGCUACCUGGGCAUCGAUGUUUCUGCAGAAGGUAACCUGGCCAAGAACCGGAAGGGCAUCGCCAUUAUCGUCCACGGGACGCCCGUGUCAGGCAAGACGGCCACGGCAGCCAGCCUGGCCAAGUACUACGGUGCCGCCUGCUUCAACAUCGACUCCAUCGUGCUGGAGGCCAUCUGCGACGGCAACAGCAUCCCAGGGAUCCGGGCCCGGGAGCUCUGCAUCAGGGCGGCCAUCGAGCAGUCCAUGCGGGAAGGAGAAGAGUCUGCCCAGGAGACUACUUCGAGUCAACUUGGCAUAGGACAGAUACGACAGAGCAGUGAGAACCUGGGCAAGUUAACCUCAGAAACCACCCUGAUAAACCCUGAAGUGAAAUCUGCAAAGUCCAUGCGAGGGAGCAUGCUGUUUUCCAAAAACAGAGAGCAUGGCUCUGGGUCUCAGAAGCAGCAUCACCAGCACCCACCUGAAACGCCGCAGAUUUCCUCCAGUCCUCUCCCCUCGGGACCCACACCGCGCCGGCUUAGUGUCAGCACCAGCAUCGGGGGCGAGACCGGGCUCCUGAGCUGUGUGCUCCCUGAGGAAAUGCUCGUUCAGAUCCUGGCCGAGCGCUUACAGCUGAGUGACUGCAGCCUGGGAGUGGUGUUCGACAGCCUCGACACACUCUUUGCUCGGAACGCGGCCAUUGCUCUCCUCUGCCUGCUGAAGGCCAUUGGCAACAGGGAGCACAUCUACGUCCUCAACAUGCCCCAGGAUUACACAGGCAUGAAGGCCCAGGAGAAAGCCAAAAAGGAGCAAGAAGAGCAGAAACAGAGGGAGGCGCUUGAAAAAGAGAAGGAGCGUCUCCAAAAUAUGGAUGAGGAAGAAUAUGAUGCCUUGACAGAGGAGGAGAAAAUCGCCUUCAAUCGAGAGGUUCAGCAGGCCCUGCGGGAGAGGAAGAAGAGGGAGCUGGAGAGAUUGGCAAGGGAGUUGCAUGAAAAGAAGCUACAACAGGAGCUUGAGCGGCAAAAGGAAGAAGAUGAGCAAAAAAAGAAGACGAGAAAGACAAAGCAAUUAGCACCAAAGGAGGAGCCAGCCCUGAAGAAAUCUCAGCCCAGCCGGCAGACUCUAACCUUUUCCAGACUAGAAGGCAAGAUGGACUUGGUAGAACCAAAAGCUUCUGAGAAGGACCAGGGAAUGGCUGAGAAGGACGAACUGAGCAAGAAGAAAAAGAACCAGGGGGCAGAUAACAACGCUGGGUUUUCCCUGGUCCAGGAUCAGGAGGACAGCGAUGGGGACCUCCAGAAGGAAGCUGACAAGCCUCUGGCCCAGAAGUUUAAGACCUAUGAGCUGACUCUGAAAGAUAUCCAGAACCUCCUCAUGUACUGGGACCGGAAGCUAGGCAUCCAAGUGCCUCACAUGGGGGCUGAGGACAUGACCCACGAGCCCGAAGACCAGCGCCAGGUCCCCUCGGGUGGGCGCAAAGGCCGCAAGGACCGGGAGAGGGAGCGCGCUGAGAAGGAGCGAGCGGAGAGGGAGCGCCUGGAGCGGGAGAGGGCCGAGCGGGAGCGGCUGGAGAGGCUCCGGGCGCUGGAGGAGCAGCCGGAUGGAGGAGAGGUGGACAGGGAGGAGGACCACGAAGGGAAGAGGGACCUGGGUGUGCCAUUCAUCAAUAUCCAGACACCCGACCUUGACGGCUCCACGUGGAAGCAGGCCCUGGAGAAUGACAAGCUUCCCAAAGGGGAUCAGAUCCUAGACUACUUGGGCCUGGGCUCCUCUGGGCUGCCCAUCCCGCCUCCAGUCUUAUUCUCCAUAAUCCCCUACCCUCCGAAGCGGCUGCCGUUGGCCCCAACGGAAAUCAUGAAGCAUUUUAUGUUUCUCAUCCCACUCUCCGAAGAGCUGGCCCUGCUGGAGGAGAAAAGAGAGGCGGAAUCAGAAGUAGACCUUUCGACGACCACCACCACCACGAGCUCCGCGAAGGAGCCGAACACCUCGUCUAAAGGGAACAAGCAGAAGCCGAAAGAAAAAACAACAGAGCAGGUUCGGGAUACUCUGAAGGACAAACGCCGCAUCGCCUUCAACAGGAAGGGCCUUUCUGGGGCCAUUUCUGGCACCGUUUCCCCCCUGUCAGACAUGGACCAGAACAACUUGUCUGGGCAGCACUCCCAGGACAAAUUCAUCAGGUUGAAUCAUUUCCGGUGGAUUGUGCCGGCCAAUGGCGAGGUGUCGUUGAGAAUGCAGUUCUCUGCUACUGAUCUCGGGAACUAUGACCAGACGUUCAACUUUGAGAUCCUUGGAACUUGCCGCCAGUACCAGCUUUAUUGCCGUGGUGUUUGCGCUUAUCCAUACAUUUGCCAAGACCCAAAAGUGGUAUUCCCUCAGCGGAAGAUGGACAUGAAAGCAGAUGAGAUCGUCUUUAAGAAGUACAUUAUCAGCACGGACACGUUUUACUUUGGGCCACUGCUUUGUGGAAAAUCAAGAGAUAAGUAUAGGUCAUCUUUGUUCCCAGGCAACAUGGAGACACUGACAAUCCUGAACAAUUCCCCAAUGGUCACGGAGGUGUUCUUCUGUUUCCAGAAUGAUGUCAAAGCAAAUACCUACUUCCUGGAACCCUUGAACAUGAUUCUCAAACCCAAUGAGAAGCAGAUACUGACCGUGUGGGCCUACCCCACUGCAGUUGGUAUCUUUGAAGACAGCAUAGUCUGCUGCAUCAAGGAGAACCCGGAACCAGCCAUCUUCAAAUUAAGCUGCGAGGGGGUCCGCCCAGAACUGGAUGUGGAACCCAGGCAAUUGCAUUUUGACCGGCUUCUGCUGCACAGAAAAGAAUCCAAAGUAGUUCUUUUCCACAACGUCACGGCCCUGCCCGUGGCCUGGCGGAUCACCAGCCUGGAGCACCUGGGCGAGGACUUCUCCGUGUCCAUGCUGCAGGGCACCAUCCCCCCCAAGGCUGACUACAGCCUGCAAGUGCACUUCCAACCCUCCAAACCCGUCAACAUCAAGAAGGCGUUUCGGUUGGAGAUUUUGGACCCAGACAAUCUUGUUGGAGUUGUUCAGAUUGAAAACAUCAUGAUCAUCGCAGAGUCCUACGACAUGGCCUUGGACAUCACCUUUCCCAAAGGAGCUGAAGGAGGCCUCGAUUUUGGGACCGUGAGAGUCAUGGAGGAAGUGAAGCAGCCCCUGCAACUGAAGAACCGUGGGAAAUAUGAGAUCAUGUUCAGCUUUUCUGUGGACUCCGUAGGCAUUACAUCCACCAACAUAAAUUCUAUGAUCUCAGUCCAACCUAGGAAGGGCUCCAUGUCCACAACAGAUAAGCCCACAAAUGUCCAGGUGUUGUUCCGCGCAAAAAAGGAAGUGAAGAUAGAGCAACAGCCAAUCCUGCGCUGUCAGAUCAUUGAGCCCAAUAUGGCAGACGGAACUGAAAUCAUUGCCAGCAUCCCAAUUAGGCUUUCUGUGAAUGCAGUGUUCUCCAAAUACAACAUCAGCCCCUCCUCCAUCAUCAACUUUGGGGCUCUGAUCUGUGGCACUCGUAAAAGCACCACCUUCACCAUAGAAAAUCAAGGUGUUACUGACUUCAAGUAUAACCUCUACAGGAUGACAGGGGAGAGCUCCAUUCCCCAAAAGAAAGCUGUCAGCCACACGAGGACUUUAAGAUCCCGGGAAAGCGAGAACUUCUACAAGGCUACCCCUUCCAGAGCAGCCAAGUUCUCAGAAACUGUUCAGAAAGAAAUAAACAUCACUAGCCAGGCUCGCUACAGCCACGGCAUGUUCUCCGUGUACCCUGGGUUUGGCUCCAUCUCUGCCGGAGGCGUACAGACCAUCACCGUUGACUGCGUGGCUGACCCUGUGGGGAAGUGUGAGGAGUUUAUGGCGAUCGAGAUCUCUGACCGAGACCCCAGAGACCACCCUGGUGGCAUUCCUUACAGCCUGUUGGCGGAAGCCUGUCUACCAGCCUUCGUGACGGACAACAACGCCUCCAUAUUUGAGGAGCACCAGAUCUGCAACAGUACCAACCUGUACAGCAUCCUGCAGACCACAGAGAGCAAGGGGCUGUUUGUGGAGGAUGAGAACAAGUUCAUGUUCAGCCAUGUCAUGGUGGGUCACCAGGCCAAGGCUCGGUUCAAGAUGAGCAAUGUGGGGAAGAUCUCCUGCGAUGUGACCAUUGUGGUUAAGCCUGUCUCCAACAAGGCCACUGCCCGCAUCAUUGACAUCUUUGAAGUGGAACCCAACAAGAUGUGUAUUGCCAGUCGUUCACAUGCCUUUGCCACGGUGACCUUCACCCCCCAGACCAUGCAGUCGUACCAGUGUAUCUUCGAGGCGACCUUGGAUGGCGUGCCCAGCAUCCAGACCAAGAACCGAAGCCUCACGUUUGAUAUCGUGGGAGAGGGGACCCUCCCUCGGGUGACCAUCGUGCGGCCAAUUCUCCACAACCAGUAUGGAAACCUCUUGCUCCUCUUUAAGAGGCUUCUUCUUGGCCAUUCAGAGAAACUCCCUCUCAUCCUCAAGAACAAUGGCAAUAUCCCUGCCGAGCUGCAUGUUGACCUGCAGGACCAACUAGAAGUCUUCUCCCUGAAAGGGAGGCCCACGACCUCCUACAUCUACAUCAUAGAGGAAAACAAAGCCCAUGCGAAAGCGAAGAAAGCUCACACGGCCUCCCUGGUGGUUCUUCCCGGAGAGACAGCCGAAUUUGAUGUGGUUUUCCAAGCCCGAAAUGUCGGGAGAAUGACAGGCACCAUCCACUUGUCAGUGCGCAACAAUCAGUACGAGGACACGAUCAUCCGCCUGGUGGGGGAAGGCUACGAGGAUGACAUCACUUUGGACAACGUCCACGGGCUGGUGGCUCCCACCAGCGGGGAGGCCUUCGACGUGUCCGAGGUCACCGAGGACGUACCUAUGGAAAACUUGGUGGCAGCUGCUCUGGUGGACCACAUUCAGUUUGGGGACUGCCACCUUGGAAGCAGCUAUAGCGUGAGCUUCACAGUCACUAACCACAGCCAAGUGAAUGUGAUUCGGUUUGAAUGGCCCUCGUUAGCUACAAUUACCUUUGCCCCACAGACUGGCCACCUCCACCCUGGGUGUGCCAAGGACAUCGUGAUGACCCUGAAGUCAGACAUCCCCAUCAACAUGAAGAAUAUGGACAUCAAGUGCAAGGUCUCCAAGAUCAUGUUUCAGCAACCUGCAGACCAGGUCCCCGACUGGGACGACCGCAUGCGCACAGUCAAAUGGGUGGACAUGCCCAGAAACAUGCCCGGGACUUUCACUACAAAACGAAAAGUGAUAGAGACGGACCCUGAGCCUGCGCACUCAGUGCUGGAAGAGCACUACCGAGAGCUGAUGCUGCAGAUCAGCGCCAACGUGAACUUCGCGUCCUACCAGUGCCAGACGAGCGACGUGCACUUUAAGGACACGCUGGUUUACCAGACCCGAGUGUUUCAGUUGGAGCUGGUUAACACAGGAAGUGUGCAGCUGGAAUUCAGCUGGAUCUUGGAAGAGACAGCGAAGACUGUCAGCUUUGCAAUGCCAGAAAACCAAGGUUCUCAAAAAGAUCAGCUGAGCCAGGGCAGCACCGCGGACAGCGCCGUGGACCACUGGACUGAACCUUCCCCACCGUCCUUCUCUGUGGAUCCCGUCUCCGGCGUUGUGCCCGUGGGGAAGGCUGAGAAGAUCCAAGUGAAAUUCUCCCCACUGGAGGUUGGAGACUUCGAGAGCACUAUUACCUGCCAGAUUCCCAACCUACUACCUGGAGAGCAAGGCCCAGUCAUAUCAGCAAAAGGACGGAGCUUCUUGCCCAUCUGCCACUUUGAACUGAAAGAGUCGGACUACAUCACUGCUCAUCGGCACAACCCGGAUCUCCGAGGGCCUGGUGGUGGGCCUCUGGACCCAAACACCCGGGUGAUCGAGUUCACCAGUGUGGGCAUAGGAGGGAAGAAUCUCCGGACGUUUACAAUCCUGAACCCGACCGCUAGCAUCUACUGCUUCCGCUGGGUCUCUGAAGAAAUGGAAAGUCUCCAGAACCCUUCAGCCUUCACCUGCCUCACAGAGAAGGGCUGCAUCCACCCUGAAAAGAAAGCCGAGAUCAUCUUCCAGUUCACGCCUUUGCAUCUGAAAACCACAGAAGCGUUCUGGACUUUCUCAGUCCCCGAGCACAACAUCACAGUCCCUUUCCUGCUGGUAGGCAAAGCCUCUGACCCCCUGGUCAAUCUGGACAAGUCACACAUCAACUUCAGCUGUCUCCUCAUUGGCCGAGAAGUCCGGGAGACCGUGCAGAUCAUCAACAGGGAGGAGCAGGGCUUCAGUUUUGCCUUCCAGGACAACUCCCGGUAUUCUGAAGGUUUCAACGAAAGCCUGGUCGUGAGUCCCAUGGAAGGCUGGCUCCCACCGAUGUCCAGGUUACAAAUUGACAUUCUCUUCACACCAAAGCAAGAAGGAGAUGUGAACUUUAAUUUGAUGUGCAAUGUGAAAAGGAAAGCCCACCCUUUGACCUUAAAUGUCAAGGCUGAGGGCUACACUAUGAAUGCAGAGAUCAAGUGCAAAGACAGGACUGGCUUACUCACUCUCUUGACUCCCAGUCAGACCACCAUUGUCAACUUCUAUGAGGUGGAGCUGAAUGAGUGUGCCCAGUGUGAGUUCACCUUCAUCAACGCUGGGAAGUUCAACUUCAGCUUCCAGGCAGAGCUCUCCGGCCCCAAAGCCCUGGUGCAGUACUUCGAGUUCUCACCCAUGGAGGGCAGCGUGGAUGUGGGGCAGAGUACACCCGCCAGCCUGUCCUUCCAGCCAUUUAAGAAAUGUGUCUUGAAGGGCCUGGAACUCAGAAUCAAGAUAAGCCACGGUCCAACAUUUACGUGCAGCAUCUCAGGCUCUGCCGUGAACCCUGCUGUCCAUUUCUCAUUCACCAGCCACAACUUUGGGACCUGCUUCAUCUACCAAGCCGGGAUGCCCCCAUACAAACAGACCCUGGUUAUCACCAACAAGGAGGAAAUGGCUAUGAGCAUAGAUUGUUUGUACACCAAUACCACCUACCUCGAGGUGAGCUUCCGUGCGGAUGUGAUAAAGCCAGGAAAGUCAAUGGAGAUUCCAAUCACCUUUUAUCCUCGAGAAAGUAUCAGUUAUCGAGAACUCAUCCCCUUUGAAAUCAACGGGCUCUCCCAACAAGUAGUUGAAAUCAAAGGGAAAGGCACCGAAAUGAAGAUUGUAGUCCUAGAUCCAGCCAAUAGGAUCUUGAAGUUAGGAGCUGCCCAGCCAGGGCAGGUGGUGAAAAAAACAGUUUCCAUCAUGAACAACAGCCAAGCCCCGGUCACAUUUAGCCAGUCGGUCCUGUUCUCGACUCCAGAACUCCGGGAGCCUAAGGUCAUCACCCUGGUCCCCUUCAACAACAUCACGCUGAAGCCCAAGGAAGUCCGCAAGCUGGAGAUCAUCUUCGCCCCGAAGAAGCGUGUCCCCCCCUUCUCCGAGGAAGUGUUCAUGGAGAGCAUGGGGCUCCUGCGCCCCCUCUUCCUGCUCAGUGGCUGCUGCCAAGCCCUGGAGGUCUCCCUGGACCAGCAGCAUAUUCCCUUUGGACCAGUCGUGCAUCAGACAAAAGCCACGCGUCGCAUCCUCAUGCUGAACACGGGCGACGUGGGUACCAGGUUUAAAUGGGAUGUCAAAAAAUUUGAGCCUAAUUUCUCCAUCAGCCCAGAAGAAGGCUAUAUCACUGCAGGCAUGGAGGUUUCUUUGGAAGUGACCUACCACCCCACAGAGGUGGGCAAGGAGAAUCUCUACAAAAACUUGCUCUGCUUCAUCCAGGGUGGCCCUCCUCUGAGCCUAACCCUGUCUGGAGUCUGCGUGGGACUACCUGCAGUGAAAGAGACGGUAAAUUUCACCUGCCAGGUGCGCUCCAAGCACACGCAGACCAUCCAGCUUUCAAAUCGCACCAACCAGACCUGGAAUCUGCACCCCAUCUUUGAGGGCGAGUACUGGGAGGGGCCUGAGUUCAUCACUCUGGAGCCCCAUCAGCAAAACAAGCCCUAUGAGAUCACCUACAAGCCCCGCACCAUGAACGUGGAGAACCGCAAGCACCAGGGCACCCUCUUCUUCCCCCUGCCAGAUGGAACCGGCUGGCUAUAUGCGCUGCAUGGAACUGCCGAGCCCCCCAAAGCCGUGGCCAAUAUCUACCGUGAAGUGCCAUGUAAGACGCCCUACACUGAGCUCCUGACAAUCACCAACUGGCUGAACAAGCCCCAGAGGUUCCGGGUCAUUGUGGAAAUGCUGAAACCAGAGAAGCCAGACCUAAGUGCCUCCUUAAAGGGCCUUGAUUACAUUGAUGUACUGUCUGGAUCCAAGAAAGACUACAAGCUGAACUUCUUUUCCCACAAGGAAGGACUAUACAGCGCAAAGGUGAUCUUCCGAAACGAGGUGACCAACGAGUUCUUGUACUACGUGACGAGUUUCAGGGUCAUCCCUUCAGGCGUCAUGAAAACCAUCGAGAUGGCGAGCCCCGUCCGGCAGAGCACAUCGGCCUCCGUCAAGGUGGAGAACCCCCUGCCCUACUCGGUGACCUUCGCCACGGAGUGCAGGGUGCCCGACAUCAACCUGCCCUCCCAGUUCGUGGUGCCCCCUAACUCGGAGGGCACAUUCUCAUUCGAAUUCCAGCCCCUGCGAGCUGGAGAAACCUUGGGGAGACUAGUUCUGCACAACAAUGAUCUGGGUUACUACCAGUAUGAGCUCAGCUUGAAGGCUCUGCCGGCGCUGCCUGAAAAGCCCAUCCACUUCCAGACUGUUCUUGGCAGCGGCCAGAGCAUCCUUGCCAAGUUCAUCAAUUACACCCGGCAGAAGACAGAAUACUACUGCAGGUCCGACUGUGUAGACUUCCACACGGAAAAGGUCAUCAGCGCGGCCGCGGGGGCUCAGGGCGGCACGGAAAUCAGUGUGGAAGUCUAUUUCGAGCCCAGCCACCUGGGGGACACCAAGGGCACCCUGAGCCUGUCAUCCGUUGCAGGCGGAGAGUAUAUCAUCCCCCUCUUCGGAGUGGCUAUGCCCCCAAAGCCGCAAGGUCCCCUCCAGAUCCGAGCCGGGUCCAACAUAGUCAUCCCCUUCAAGAACGUCUUCUACCACACCGUCACCUACUCCUUCCUCGUGGAGCACCCAGCCUUCUCUGUGCGGGCCAUGGACUCCGUCCGGCCCAAGAAGACCAACAACAUCACCGUCUACUUUGACGGAAACCCAUCCGGCAGCAAAACACCCAUUACCAGCAAGCUGAUCGUGUCGUGCCCUCCCGGCGAAGGCAGAGAAACAGGAGUUAAAUGGGUUUAUUAUCUGAAGGGGAUCACCCCUUAG